AAUAUAUCUGUGUUCUUAUUUAUAUAUUCGUAUUAUUUUGUUGUGUUAAAAAAUUCGUGUUAUACUUUUUAUAGGUUCGGAGCAAACGAAUGAUGCGAUGUGAGAUCAUAUCGAGGAGAAGUACUUUAUGGCAGUGAACAAGGACGCCUCGUACCGUACUUGGGACCAACUCACUUCCAAAUGGGGCCACAUCAACCAUGAAGUCCGAAAGUUUAUCGGAGUUUACAAGGAAUGCACUCGGUCCCGGAGGAGCAGAACGAACGAUGCCGAUGUUCUCCGGCUUGCCACGGCCCAGUAUCAAGACGACGGGCAUCAAGGCAAGGUGCCCAUCGAUCUUUGGAGAAUUUUAAGCCGUUCACCGAAAUGGCAACAACUCAACAAUUUCGACGCCGAUUCUCAAAGAAAAGAUCCUCCGUCGACGCUGAGGUUGAGAGAUAGGUUCUGUAGGGUUCUUGAUAUGGGUGAGAAUUCAGGCAGUCUUGAUGAAUGGAGGGUAUAUUUUAAGAGUGCCAAUGCCGAUAUAUUCGGUAUAAUCGAGCAGGUUAUUAAGAUGGCAGCCAUAGACAAACCCAAUGAGCUGGCCCUGAAACGAGCUCGAAUAGCCGAGAUGCUUUUUACUUGUAAACCAACCGUGUGUUCCUCCUGCAACAAUGCUGGACUGCUUUUUCCGGCUGGUGUGGAUGAUGUACAAGCCGAGCCCGAGAAAACUGAGGCCGAUAAGAGUAAAGAGAGCAAAAAGAAAGAUGAACCUUUGGAGAUGGACUCAGAUGUCAUGAACCAGAGCAGCUAUGUAGAUGUUGAGGCUUUGAAUGAUGAGAUUGAGGAAGAAUCUCAGACUGUUUUGGAGGUCUCGAGGAUCAAGAAGAUCAUUGAUAACCAUGACGAAGAGUCCCAGUCCCUAGUGAUUGAUUCCCUGAGAAAACUUCAAUUGAUUGAUUUGUCCGUGGAGAUUCUAAAGGCCACUGACAUUGGAAAGUCUGUAAAUGCUCUCCGAAAGCGGAAAUCCGCAAAAAUUAACCAUCUUGUCCGUGCAUUGAUUGGUGCUUGGAAAGCCAAAGUGGAUGAAUGGGUCAUUGUUACAGAAACUGUGACAGGUAGAGAAAGGGCUUUAGAAGAAGAAGAGGAAGAAGGGCUACCAUCUCCUCCCUUGGAUGAGGGAGCUUUCUUUACUACUAGUACAAUGGAUCUAUCACAAUCUGUUUUUUUUCCUUUGCUCUCAUGUCAACCGUGCAAGUUCUUUGAUGACAUUGAUGAAAUUGGAAAUCUUCGAAACAGCAAGGAGACCAACAACAAGUUUGAGAAUGACCUAAAGAAAGCUGCGAUGCAGAAACCAUCAUCGGUUGCUCCUAAAGAAAUGUUUACUAACAAACCAAAGGCAGAAGAAAAGAAACCAAUGGUUUCUUCUUCUCAAGAUUGGUUUACUCGACAACCAAAGGAACAUGAAACCCCGAUUAAGAAACCAGUUGCCAGCAGACCAAACAAGGCUUCUGCCAAAAGACCACAACCCGUGGAACAUAAGGCCACUAUUGACAAGAAGUGUCAUGUUUCUCAACCAAGUGAGGUGAAGUGUAAAGACGAAGACUCGAUCAGGGCAAAACUGGAAGUGGCAAAGAAGAAACUUAAAGAACGUUACGACUCUCUUGAAUCCGCCAAGAAGCAGCGGACAACUCAGUUUUUGGAGAUGCAUGAAAUCCCCAAGCAGUGUAUAGGGAACAAAAAUGCACAUGUGAAACCAGGCCAUUGCAACAAGCACUGAAUGAAUGGGUUUCCCAUUUGUGAAACAAAAGAAGAAGAAGAAGAAAAAAACAAUCUGUAGUUGAUAUUCUCAUAGAAAUAGCUGCUCCCAAAUGGGAAGCAGAAUGUGUUUAUUUUCCAUAUUGGUUAGUGGUGGUGUAUUUGGUACCAACAUCAUGUGUUUUGGGUAGCAUUAGGGCCCUUUGGUUAUCAUAUAGUAUUUUUUUUCUUGCUGUUCUCAUAAAUGGUCUUGACUGUU